GUUCAAAUGCUGUGUUGGAUUUGGGCUACUCAGCUGAGCUGAACAAGAAAGCAGGAAUGAACUUUUUUUUUUUUUUUUUUUCCAAAAUAAACAGAAGGAAAAAUAAACAGAAUGAAAAUCAGGUGCUUGCUAUGCUGGUAGAUAUGAUUAUGUCCCCUAAUCAGUAGUUACUUAAAACAUAAUUGAAAGAGAACAUUGCUGAGCUCAAAAUUGUGAGGACAAUGCACUUGCACUACUAACUUGUUAGUAGUCUAUAAUAUAUGUAUUUUGUCUUGCUGAAAGUUAUUGUGCUUUAACAUAGGUUAAAAUGCAAACAAAUUGGAAAUAUGGCUUUCUGUUAAGACAUAGCAGGAAAGUCUGAGAGUUGAUGCCUUUGCAAAGCAAAGGUGGGUGGUGUGUACCUGUUGUAAGAGCUGCAGAAAAGACAAAAGCAUCUGUAAAUGUCAGAACAACACGGUAUGAAGGGAAAGUCUUGAAUCCUGCAAAAUAGAGGGAGUCUCUGCAUACUCCCUGUACUCAUUGACCAAUUUAUCAUGUUUAUCAUAUUUUUUUAAAAAAAUUUUAUAGUUAGGGUAUUUACAGAAGAAGAAACUAGCUCUGUUAAUACCAAAAAAUACGAUCCAAAGUCCAAACUCUGAUCAUCUGGGCAACUCUUGAAAUGCGGUGUCAUUGAAUGGGAUUCUCAGAUGUCACAGAGGUCAAAAUUUGUCCCAUAUGUAGGUCUCUGAACAGGAUGCACUAACUCUUUGCAGUGUAUGAAGAGUAAUACUCCUCUGUCCCCACUGUAGGUAUGCUUUGUAAGUUCCCCUGUAUAGUUUUCAGGGCAGCAGACCCCACACAGCUGUGGUAAUUUUAUCUAUGGAAGCGUUCUAGGUGGAGAUAUUUGUAAUGGUUGUGCUCAAGCCUGAAGAGUGUAAUGCUCGAAGAAAACUGCUGGGACAAAUAGUGAGAAUGGAACUGGAACCGGCGAAUAUUCUGCGUCUCUUCCCUGAUAAAGUCUGCCCGGCAAGAAAAGGGUUUGCCACCGAGUGUGCCAGCAUGCUGAUGUGUGUCAUUUGUUCUGGGAGUUGUUGGAUGCUGUUGGUAUGUUUUUUUUUGCUUCAUGCAUUUGAGUUAGUGCUCCACAAGCAGCCAAGAGAGGUGUGUCUUUGUUUGCUGGAGCUUGGAAGGAUUGCAGCAAGGUUUGGGGUGGAGCCUCCUGGACUAAUAAAGUUAGAAAAAGAAAUUGAGCAGGAGGAAACACUCUCAGCUCCCCUUCCAUCUCCUUCACCGUCACCAACAAAGUCUCCUGGGAAAAAGAGCACAGGGAAACUGCUGGAUGAUGCUGUCAAACACAUUUCUGAAGAUCCACCUUGUAAAUGCCCCAAUAAGUUCUGCGUGGAGCGUCUUUCACAGGGAAGAUACAGAGUUGGAGAGAAGAUCCUCUUUAUUAGGAUGCUGCACAACAAACACGUGAUGGUUCGCGUUGGAGGAGGCUGGGAGACUUUUGCAGGGUACUUACUGAAGCACGACCCGUGCCGGAUGCUGCAGAUCUCCCGAGUGGAUGGGAAAACCUCUCCGAUCCAGAGCAAGUCUCCAACCCUCAGGGACAUGAAUCCAGACAAUUACCUGGUUGUUUCUGCCCAUUACAAGACCAAGAAGGAGAUUAAGUGAAGUAAGCUUCUCAUGUGAGUGGGGACUCUGUGUAUGUAGGUCCAAAUUAUUUUCUCAAGUGUAGUGAAUUUAGUUCAUGCUUUAAAAGGACUUUGGGAAAUUUAAGACAGACUGGAAAUGGCAACCCAUUUUGAAGAUCUUUGAACUGUAGAACUAUUUAUUUCUAGUACUGUAUCUUUUAUAGCAAAUUACCCUUGAUAGGCUAAUUACUACAAUCAGAUAAUAAAUAGACAUAUAUUUUUAGCCUAAUUAUUACUCUUUAAUAUGUGAAUGUAUACUUAGAGCUACAUAAAGGAGCGGAUCGUGUUAAUGGAAGAAAAUACACAAUACACUUGUAUGAAAAUCUUAUUACUUCGAAUCCUUGACUCUUAGGCUAGUUGAAAAAUAUAUAUGCAGGUGGAAAAUGAAUAUUUGUGGAAAUUAUUUGGUAAUGCCUCUUGAUGUGAAAUAAAAAUUGACUAUUUUUACGGUUUGCAACCUUUUCUUAAUCAGCAGAGUAUAACGGCUCAUUGCAUGCCAAAAGCCAUUACUUUAAA